ACGGCAGCAUCUCAGCACCAUUCUUAUAUAGGCAUCCGAGAAAUGUCUGAAUAGUCAAUAGCCGAGAAAACCUGGGAGAAAUAUGGAUACAUGGCCGCCGAUCUGGGACUAGAGAUGUAGUUGCAAGGAUGCCAGCCAACUACAUCUCUCGUUUGCUCCUCUUCGUCUCUAUCUCCACGGUUUGGGAGGCGCUCGCCAAAUCUCUUCCAGAUCAGGGAGCAUUUGAGGUGCAAAUAAAAGUCCAGGUGUUUGACAACAGCGACCUUUCGCCUCUGGCGGAUGCUCUGGUUGAAGUCCAUGGGAAUCAGACCGUCUUGGCGUCCAACAAGGCAGGCAGAGAUGGCGUGUUGAGGGUCAACUUCCUGUACCACGCAGGAACAUGGGUCAUCAUCACAGCGUCCAAACAAGACUACGUAACAAACUCUGUGCCCUGGCACUCCACCCGCAUUCCCCUGUAUGCGUCAGUCAGUCUGUACCUCCUCGUCCAGAGGCCAGGCACACUCAUUCUGUACGAUGAUGUCCUGCAGGUGCUGUCUGGGUCACCAGGUGCUCGUAACCAGCCAUUGGUACAGCUCCAGAGGAAGUCUCUUCAGCUGCCAACCAGCUCCAACUACACAGCUCUGUCUGCUGUGCUGACUACAGCCAGGAGUCAGUAUGAAAUAGGUGGCUUCCCUUACCUGCUGGGCCAAGAGACCAACAGCUCAGAAACAGGGUGGACAGACCUGACAGCAUUGGCAGUGGUCAGCAUCCAGCUCUUUGACAAAGAUGGCAGUGCUGUCCAGGUCUCAGAUCCAAUCCAUGUCGCUGUGCCUCUUCCCUCUGAUACCCGCAACAGGAUGGCCACAAGUAUACCCGCUUGGAUAUACCAGCCUAAGACAGGGUUGUGGGUUCGUAAUGGGACAGGGUACAUCAAAAAGGAUGGCACACAGUUUGUCUGGAAUGUUGUGGUUCCUCGGAUGGGCUAUUGGUUAGCUGCCUUCCCUUCAUCUUCAGGCAUGGGUCUGGUCCAUCCGGGCCUGAGGGAUAUCACCACCUACCACACCCUUUUCCUGCUGUCCAUCCUGGGCUCUCUGGCCCUGCUGGUGCUCAUCCUGCUGUGUGUGCUGCUCUACUACUGCAGGUGUGGGGAGCGUAGGCGCAGGCGAAAGUGCUUGAAACCACGUCGACAACAAGGCAAGCCCCACUCUUCUAAUCUAAAUGGCUCUAAGAGAGACCAAGGCACAUCCACUUCACGCCUAAAUCUCAUCUGUGGAGGACAUGUGGAAUCUGUUGCUUCUAAUGACACUGGCAAAUCUGACUUAUCCCCAUCUCGAGACUACCAGAGCUCAAGGGAAGACUUCGCCAAACAUGUUCCAGUUCACAAACUGCGACACUCAAAGGGAAAAAAUGCCUCAGGCCCCCAAAGGGGUGAAAGCUUUCCCAUGAAAGUUACUCGAGCCACAGAAACCAACAAUCUGGACAACCCUUUGUUGCAUGAAGACUACAACCGAAGCUACAGCCCAAUGGAGGACAAGGAGUCUGAAUAUCAUCGACAUCACAGUGCAAACGACAAUCGAGGAUACUCCUCUGAUCCUCCAUCCCCACCUCGCUUCCAAGGCUACAUGCCAUCCCAGUCUGACAAACCUCCAGAAUAUUCAGCAGCAGCAGCAGACAAUCUUGCCAGGCCCACCUCUCUCAACACCCAACCAGGUCAAAUAAUCUUCUGCAGCUCCAUUGACCAAAUGAAGGAGAACAUGUACCGGAGCAUGGUUCCAACCCUGGUUAUCCCAGCCCACUACAUGCGUCUGUCGUCUGACUUUUCUGGGAAAGAUGGCAAGGAUCAGAAGGAGCAAGACAAAGAUGGCGUUCAGAUGGGAGGCCAGCAGCAUCAUCACCAUACCCAGAAACAGGGCCAACAGCAGCAGCAGCAACAGCAGCAAAGUGGAUCCCAAGGUGAUGACUCCGAGGAGCCAAGUUGGGCCUCUGAUUCCUCUGGUGGCCCUGUGACCAUCCCUGUGCUCUUCAAUGACUCCACCAUGGCCCAGAUGAAUGGAGAACUCCAGGCUCUGACUGAGAAGAAACUACUGGAACUUGGUGUGAAGCAGCACCCGCGGGCGUGGUUCAUCUCCCUGGAUGGACGUGCCAAUGCCCACGUGCGCCACUCCUAUAUAGAUGUUGGCAAUGACCUCAGCGGCGGUGGUGGUGGAUUUGGGGGUGGUUCCAGUGGCACUAUCCGAGAUGUCAACCUUGAACCCCCUAGGGAGGCCCAGGAACGCAAAUCUGCAUCAAACCGGAAGGGGAAAGAUGAUCGCUGGGGCACUGGGGGACGGAAGGGACAUGGUGUUGGAAGCAGUGGUGGAAAGACCUAUUCCAAGCUAGCCUACCCAGACCACAGUGAGCCCAGCAGUAGUGAGGGACGCCCAGUAUCACCUGAGGAGAAUUCCCUCACCCCUCUUCUGGAUGAAGGGCCUUCAUCACGAGGAUCCACCAUCCCCAGGAGGGGACGUAGUCGCGUGAACAGCAGCCGCAGCAGCAAUAGUGAGAAUCGCCGCGAUUCCAUGACCAGUCCUGAGGAUGAUCCUGAUGAUAAAGAUGAGAACAAGAAGAGCCCAUGGCAGAAGAUAGAAGACAGGCCUCUCAUGGUCUUCCACCCCAAGAAGUAAGCUUUUUGAACUCAUCUUACUCAACACUGGACCUUUAACUAAACAAUCUUGACAAUGGGGAAUCUUUCCACAUCAAAAAUGAAAAAGUAGGAAGAAGAGUGUUAUUUCAGCAAAAGAGAUCACAAUAAGCACAACCACACUUCACUGGUCAAUGAUCAGGUUUUUGUUUGAUCUUUGUGUUUCUGGUGAGGUGCUGUUGCACUGUCUGAUCACUCUCAUAGGCUCACUGUCAUUUAACCCCAUUGUUAUUCACUGACAUGAUCUAUUGUAGACUGAACCCUAUCCAAUUUAUUGUUAAUCUUGUUAACCCUCCAUCACUGAACCAAUAUCUGAGCCAUUGCAUAUACUGACUAUGGAAAUAGCCAUGUUACAGAGCAAAAUAGAAAUUGUAGGAAUAAAGCACUUACUAAAAAUUUGAUGAUUGAUUGAGUUUAUCCAGUAUUUGGAAAUGAAUGACAAUUUUGUAUGGACACUUGAUGGACACUUUGAGGAUUGGAUAAUAAUUUCCUUCCCUGGACUGACCCACAUUGAAGUGAGCAGAUGUGCACCUGUGUCUCCUUGGCUACUCCUCUGUCCCAAAUCAUAAGUAGAAAAAGCUGAAGAUUUCUCAAAAGGAGACAGCUUCCCAAAUCCCAAAUAUCUAGAGAAACUAUCAUUUGUAUUGAUUGUUUUUUAGAGAUAAUCUCAGUGGUCUUAUAAUGUAAAAUGUUUUUGGCCCCCUGUCAAUAGAUCAUGCUGACUAUGAAGUCUAAUGUGAGACGUGCAUUUUGCUCCUUCAGGGAUGUACUUGAUUCUCCUCCUCUGUACUGUGUUAAUGUAUUGUAAUUACUUAUUCUGAUAGUAAUGAUUUAAAAUGUUGGUCAUCAUGUUCAGCUCUUUCUGUCAUCCUUUUUGUCUAGUUCAUGGAUCUAUCGUAGUGAUCUACAAUUCUGCCAAAAUAAUGCAUUUCUGCCUUUCUCCUGUUGUUGAGACUUAUUUGACUGACAGAUACUUCUGUGUGAUUUCUGUUGUGUAAAUAGACUCCCUGGCAUUUGAAACACCAGUUGGUAUAGGAAGGUUGCAUGCAUAUGAAUGUAAUGAAAUAAGCAGAAGGCACCAAAAGCCCCCACAGUUCUUUGGGCUCCUGCAUAGACAACCUCUAAUCCCCAAGAGACUUGGGUAAGUUGAAACAGAUAUGGCACAGCAAAAACAUCACUUACUUAAAGCUUAGCCUAUUUAUUAUUCUAUUGAGAUCUACGAGGGUUGUUUCUAGACAGGGCCUGUGCCACUUAUCUCCUGUAAGUGCCUUCUUCCACAUAGGAUUGAGUGAUAGGCAUGCAGGUCCUUUAUAAAAUGCAGUCAGAGAAUAAUCAUGCCACCUAAGCUCACCUGUUGAGGUUGGCGGGCACUUAUAAGCACACUGCAUCGCUGUAAUAAGAACACACAUCACUCUGGGGAGCAUGCCUGCCAAAAUUGAUGACAAAACGACUUUUUUGCGCCUAUUAUGUCCUUGAAUUCAUAAUUUCUUGUAUCUAUCCUUUUUCACCAAACUUGUAAAUGGUAUGAACUUGAACUAUAUGAGAUUUUAUGUGUAUAUGAUGCUGUAUGUGCAUGUAAUAUGUAGAAUAGGGUGUUUUUAAUGAAGCUUUUUUGAAAUUGUCCAGGAUGUUUGGCACAAAAUAUGAUGCACUGAUGCAUUGAAUUAUGUUGCCAAAUUAACUUGGUUAGAUUAAGAUACACUGAGUUUCCCUUAAUCCACCUCUAACAAAAUUCACUUCCGGUCGUAAAUGUUUACAACACUAACAUACUGACCAACACGCUCCCGCUGUAACUAGCAUCAUCACUGCCUAUGAAGCAUAACAACUGUGAUCUGUAUCAUAAAUAGAAAUUGAUUCUUAACAGCUCACCAAUGCAGAUUACGAAAUUCAAAGACGAUAACAUUUUUUUUUCAGUCAGAGAGUUUUUCUUUGCAGUAGUCUGCCAUGGAGAGUGAUAGGUUGUUAAUGAAGUGAAAACCUCAGAGUUCUUCAAGACUAUAUAAAAAAGUCAUGCUGACUUGUUGGUCCUUUUCAUUAUUUGCUUGCUGUUCAUAAGCCUGUGUCAGUAGCCUACAGUGCAAACUGAUAAUGUGAUGUAGUUGAAAGAAUAACAGCCAUGAAAGAAUUCCUACUGAAAUGUUCUGUCCUCUGCUGUAAAUGUACCUUUUGGACCGGAUAUGACAUUAUUAUGAGUUGUGCAAUUGUGGCUUUCCUUGCUGGUUUUUGUUUUUACAUGAGAACUGUUUUCCCAAUAGAUUGACUCGUUCUUGAACAAUGUUUGUGAAAUUUGUGUUUGGACAGUUUCAAAAAGUAUUCAGUCAUGAUUGUUUUACACAAGGCGAUGACAUGUGAAGGAACAGAAGCCUUGAGAGGACACACCGCACAUGCAGAACUAGGCUCUGUUCCUGGUGUAGGGUUUCUGCCAGUACAACACCUGUGAGGCUCAGGAGGAUUCAGCUGUAGGCCUACAUCCUGUGUGGAAAAUCAUUUGCUUCAUAAACCCGGUCAGUUGUUUGUAAACUGUAAAUUGACUCUUUCUGUACAUGAGACAAAAUAGAAAUAAAUUUGUUUCCACAAUA